AGCUGGAGCGUUCAUUGAUGAUAGUUUCUGUAUAGGUCAUAGUUUUUCUGCUGUUUCGAUCGAAAAUGUUGGCAGCAUAAAGUCAUUCCUGUACUGUAGCUACCUUAACGUUGUUCAUUCAUUCGGCUCAGCCCAAAAGCAGGACUUAGUGGAUAUAGUAGGAGUAUAAGUGUUGUGUCUGCAAGGUGUCGUCUCCCAGACUGGAAAAUUAAGACUUGUAAUUGCUAAGGAACAAAACCGCAGUGCCUUUCCGGAUGUCCUCAACGAUCGAGAAAAACGAGUAUCCCAAGGCAUCAAAUGCCUUGGUGCUCGGUGCAAUCCUCUCCUAUGUGGCCUCGAUAUUUUUGAUGAUGAGCUUUUGCUCCCCAUACUGGAUAGUAUCGUAUGACGAAUCGUUCAGCAGCUUCAAAAAUAUGGGUCUUUGGGAGUAUUGUUUUAAGGAUUUUAGCUAUCCGUAUUACCAAUUUCCCAAACUUUUCAACGGUUGCCAUCACAUUUUUAGUGAGGAAUACUACGUGAUUCGUGAAUAUUUGCUUCCGGCUUGGCUAAUGAUUGUCCAAGGUCUUGUAACACUUUCGUUUAUCUUCACCUUUGGAUGUUUGAUUAUUAUGGCCUGUGAGUUGGUGCGUUGGCCCCUGAAGCUAGUGCUGCGCUACGAAUGGCUGCUGACUUCUAUUUCGUUCGUGGGAAUCGCUACUUCUUCCUUCUUCAUGUUCCUGGCGGUGGCCAUUUUCGGGGGCAAUGCAUACCGGCGGGAUUGGCUCAUGUACCCUAAGUUCAAUGUGCUAUCAUGGUCCUACGCUCUGGCCGUCGUUGCUUUCAUGAUCCUGGGCCUUGCUUCGCUGUUGCUCUACAAGGAAGCUAAAAAGUCCUACGAACUGCGCCGCGAAGCCAAGAAUCUGGUCAUGCAGAUGCAAAUGCAGGAACCUGGCUAUCAUCCAUCGCACCACACCAGCCGAAGUCUGCACAGCGGAGGUUAUAUCUAAGCGGUAAAUUUACUAAAAAAAAAUAAUCAAAUUACUUCAUUCCUUUACAAUUACAUUUCGUACAUGUGCGAAACUGCAAGCCGACAGAAAAUUUGUGCACACAUAAAUUUAGAUGUUCUGUUAGACAGUAAGUCCUCACUCGAAAGAAGAAAAAACAGCAAACAACACACAACAACGCUAAGAGAAUCUCAUCACAGAUGAAAUGAUGCCUGCCAGGAUCCAAUUAGAGACUGCUUCCCAAAAUACAUAUAAAAACGAGAUGAGCGAGAGAAGAGACAACACGACGAGUAGAAUCAACAGUUUCCAGUUUGCAUGAACCAUAAGUAGAUGGAAAAAAGUGGAGGGGAGAACGUAGAAUUUUCACCCGAAACUAAAACAUCAUCAACAAACAGUAUCACAAGUAGCCCCCUAGGGGACAUAAACAACUGCACUAAAUGUGGCCUUAUCAACGUAAAAUGAAGUAAGAAAAGAUACGAAACAGCCAGCCAGGGGAAGCGCAAAUGUUCUAACGAAAACACGCAACAGCAUAGUUUUAGAAGAAAAAAGUUUGCCCAUUUAGUUGUUUAACUAAGUGCACGUCAGUCGUUUUGCGUCAGCCUUUUUUUCUGUUCUAUCCUUUCAUCCAAAAACAUCAGCUAGUUAUUGACGUCGCUUUGACGAUGCUGCUGGCGUAGAAGUAAUGUAGAAGUAGAAGAAAAAUUAUGUUUAUAUGUUUAUCGUUUUUUUUUGGAGGAAAAUUUAUAGUUUCAGUUUACGUGAAUCACUCCAAUGGCAAAAACUGUUGUGUAUUAAAAAAAUCUUAAGAUUUUUACCGUACUCGAAAAAAAAAACCCACUCACGAGGGGUCACUCUGUUGGUGAUUUAUUCCACAAAAAGUGUUAACACGUGUGAUUUUUAUAACAAGUUUUUGUUAGUCACACACAAGUCUACAAAAUUUGCUUACAGAAUCUCAAUAAAGAACUUCUUUGAAGUUGAAAAUUUUUAAGUCACGAAUCAAAAAAAGAUCCCUCGUGCUGGAACAAUCCUCUUUUGCGUACUUCAGGGACAUCCUAUAGAGCAAACAUUUCGAUGGAGGAAACAAAAACUGUAUUUUAUUACUUGAACGUCCGUCCAUUCUAAUCUUCUAAGUGUCGUGUAGCUAACCAAAAACAAAACAAAAAUUCGCACAGAAAUAAAAUCUAGUUUUGCCAUCUUCAGGAUUCACAUAAAAGACAAAAAUUAUCACCAAUUUGUUUAGACAAGUUUCGUUAAGGUAGCUAUCGAAUGACGACUCCUCAGUUGGAGAGGAAAAGAAAUUUUGUAAUGAAAACAAAAAAAAACUUUUAAUUAGUUUUUUCUCUUAGUUAGUAACGAAAGCAUAAAAAAAACUUCGAAUCUUAACUUUACGUUGCCGUCCAAUUAUAUAUAUGUGUACCUUUUUGUGUUUUUUUAACCUAAGAGACCAAUCGAUCGAAAUCGAAUAUACUUUGUUCAAAUUUGAAGCUUGCUUUUAAAUAUACAAAAAUAUCGUACAUUCAAGUUUAUCAAUGGAAUAGAAAAAAGCGUACUAAGUAGCUGUAUAACGGGGUACUGGAAACCUGAGAAUCAAAAAAAAAAAUUUCGAUGUAAUCUACUUUACAAACCAAUGCAUUUUUUUGUAACCACAUACAUUACCUAAAUAAAUAAACACACACACAUAUUUUACAAGUCACACGAUCUACAAAACUUACGAGUAAUAAAUGUUGUAGAAAUGGA